GCCCAUGGCCCAUAGGCACCGGGACAGCCCUGCUCACAUAGGCACUCAGAGUCUGACAGAGAGCAGUCAGGGAGGAGGUCAACAGGUGGUCCAGUGGAGUCCAGUCCUUUGGCAACAGUUCAGCACGGCUCAAGGCCAUGACCACCAGUCUCUUGUGGAGGGUCCGGUGUUGGUUGAUUCUGCUAUGCACCUUGUCAGGAUGUGGUUUUGGGGAUGAGCACCCAGGGGCCCCCGCUCCGGAGCAGGGAGUCACCUUCAGCCAUGUCUAUAAAAUUGACAUCCCAGCCGCGGGGUCCUCUUGUAAACUCGAGCCCCUCUCCACAGACGAUAAAACAGAGCUUCAAUCAGGGACGACAACAACUGGAGAUAAUGAUAUCAUCUUUAGACAUAACAUCAAGCUGCAGACACCCAAAUGUGACUGUGAAGAGUCUGAGAGCUUCAAAUCACUGCUGUACCGAGUCAAUGGGCUGGAAGAGGAGGUCAACUAUCUGAAGACCCAAUGUGAUAAGGGGUGCUGUGGAAAAGCUACAGGUGUGGACACUAGCUGCAGUGGCCAUGGCACGUACCAGCACGACUCCUGCAGCUGCCAGUGUGACCCGGGCUGGGAGGGGCCUGACUGCUCCGUAUCCACCUGCCCCGACGAUUGCAACGAUAAUGGGCGCUGCGUGGACGGAAAGUGCGUGUGUCUCCAGGGUUACACUGGCCACGACUGUAGCCAAGCGGCCUGUCCCGACAACUGCAAUGAUAAGGGUCAUUGUGUGGACGGCAAGUGUGUGUGUUUCCCCCACUUCACCGGAGAAGACUGCAGUGUCCAGAGGUGUCCCAACGACUGCAUCGGCAACGGCAAGUGUGUGGACGGGAAGUGUGUCUGUGAUGAAGGCUUCUUCGGGGAUGACUGCUCCCUAGUGAUGGGCCCAAAAGGUUUACGUCUGGUCACAGUGACUGAUGUGUCUCUGCUGGUGGAGUGGGAGCACGUGAGAGGAGCAGAGCACUACAUCCUGACUCACCAACCUAAAGACGACGAGGGGGCUCUCAAAAAGGUUCAAAUUCCCAACACUGAGAACUCACACCUCAUCACAGGUCUAACUCCGGGGGUCACUUACAUAGUCGAUGUCUAUGCUGUCAUCAAAGAAGUUCAGAGUGAAUCAGACAAGAUAGAAGCCACAACUGAAGUUUCAGCCAUCGAUGACCUGCGAGUUGUUGGCCAGACCGAUGUCUCCAUAGAAGUGGACUGGCAGAACCCCAUGGCCCCUGUGGAUUCCUUCAGGCUUUCACACACAAACCCAUCAGGACAGAAGGAGCAGCAGGAUGUGCAGCGCAGUCAGGAGGCCCGAACCAAACAUACCAUUGUGGGUCUUUAUCCAGGAACUGAGUAUUUGAUUUCUGUGAGUGCUGUGAAAGAAGCCAAUGAGGGAAAAGCCUCUACAACCACUGGGGUGACAGACCUGGAUGCCCCUGUUGGCCUGGUGACCACAGAGGUGACGGAGGACUCGGCCACAGUCACAUGGGAGCGGGUGAAGGCGGAGGUGGAUGGUUACAUGCUGAGCUAUGAGACCAGUGAGGGCACUAGUCCAGAGUACGGCCUGGGCCGUGAUGACACCUCGUACAGGCUGAUCGCUUUGAAGCCUGGGGUCCUGCACACCGUCUCCAUCUGGGCCUUUAGAGGGGACAAGGUCAGCCAGAAGACAUCCACACAGGCGGAGACAGACCUAGAUGCUCCCAACCUCUCCAUUCAAGACACCACUGAGUCCAGCUUUGUCGUUAGUUGGGGCCCACCUCAGGCUCAAAUCGAUGGCUACAUUUUAACCUACAGCUCCUCUGAGGGCACUAGUGAGGAAAUCCCUCUCAAAUCUGACCAAAGCUCUCACAAGCUGAGUGCUCUGAGGCCUGGAGUCCUGUACACUGUGCACGUGUGGUCCGUCAGGGGGAGUAAAGCCAGCAGGAAGACCUCCACACAGGCCGAGACAGACCUGGAUGCUCCAGCUAACCUUGUAGCUCGAGACACCACUGAAUCCAGCUUCACCGUUUCUUGGGAUCAGGUCCAAGCAGAGAUAGAUGGCUACAUGCUAACCUACAGCUCCUCUGAGGGCACUAGUGAGGAAAUCCCUCUCAAGGCUGACCAAAGCUCUCACAAGCUGAGUGCUCUGAAGCCUGGAGUCCUGUACACUGUGCACGUGUGGGCCAUCAGGGGGAGUAAAGCCAGCAGGAAGACCUCCACACAGGCCGAGACAGAUAUUGAUGCUCCCAAGGACUUGAAGGCAGUGGAUGUGACUAUGGACACCGCCACAGUGACUUGGGUCCCUCCUCUGGCUGACAUACAGGGCUACAUCCUCACAUACAGGGACGAGGAGGGCAAGAUGGAGACUGUUGAGAGGAAGCUUGGAGCCAGACACAAAAAACUUGCAUUGUCUGGUUUGGAAAUGGGCAAGAAAUACAUUGUGACCAUCAUUGCUUACAAAGGCACCAAGAGAAGCAAAGUGGUGGAAACUGUCUUCAAAACAGUUGGCCUCAUGUACCCAUUCCCAAUGGACUGCACCCAGAUCAUGAAGAAUGGCAUCCUGAAAAGUGGCAUCUACACUAUUUACAUCAACAAUGAUCAGUCCAAACCUAUAGAGGUGUACUGUGACAUGGACACUGACGGAGGGGGCUGGCUGGUGCUGCAGAGGCGUAAUAUUGGCAAGCUGGACUUUAUGAAGCGCUGGAAACAGUACAUAAGUGGCUUUGGCAACAUGACAGAGGAGUUCUGGCUCGGUUUGGAAAAGAUAUACGAUAUCACCAACACUCCCACUCAGUACGAGAUAAGGUUCGACUUAGGCUUCGGCUCAGAGAGGGCCUAUGCUGUUUAUGACAACUUUAAGAUUGCACCAGUCAAGCAGAAGUUCAAACUUACCAUCGGCAAAUAUAGAGGGACAGCAGGUGAUGCAAUGACCUACCACCAAGGCCGGCCCUGGACCACCGUGGACAAUGACAACGACAUCGCCCUGGGCAACUGCGCACUUACUCACCGCGGCGCAUGGUGGUACAAGAACUGUCACCUGGCCAACCUCAAUGGCAAGUGGGGAGACACCAGGCACAGCACGGGAGUGAACUGGGAGCCGUGGAAAGGCCACCUGGAGUCCCUGGACUUCACUGAGAUGAAGAUCCGACCUCUGGGAGCCCUGGCUAGCUGAAGCAGAGGUCCCUGAUGGACAACAGGAGCACAACUGCGGAGGUGGUUUAGAACAUAAACCUCUGCACACAACCCAGCAGUCUGCAUCCAUAAGCAUUAGCCAGAGUUGGUUUUAAUCAAAUGUAAGAUUGAAAGCAUACAGUAUAGACCCUUUAAAAAAUUGUAAACAAAAGCAUUCUAAAUUCCAGUAUGGAGGCAACUAGAGGCAAAAGUGAAGUAGAACAUAAUGCUAUUCCAAUGGGAAAACUAGGAUUAAUUUCAGAAUAUCACAAAUAUGAAAAGUCAAGGGAAUUUAGCAAAAGAAAACCGCUCAGAUACAUGUGAGUGGUAUUAGAGUCCCAUUUAAAACAUUUACACAAGUGUUUUGUGAUUUGUUAAUGAUAAACUCUAAGCAUUUUUGACAA